ACCGGUGUAAAACAAAAACAUUUUUUUAAAUAAACUAACGCUUCGAAACCUUUCCUCUCAACGUGCGGUAACCUUCCGAACAAUAAAUUUUUCUGCAAGGGAACAAUUCCAUAUCUGAUUAUCGAGAUUUAAAUUUUUACAAAGUUGCAAAAUUUGCCUGGAUCUGUUUGGCUAAUUUUUUUUUAUCGUAAGAAAGAUAAGACACUCAAAUAGUCAUGAAUACAUAAAGAGUUUUUACUUUAUUACCCGAUCGUGUCUUGAUAAAUUAUUACUGUUAGAAUAAUUACGACUUUUUAAGAACCGCUCAGUUUCGUUUAAUCUCUUCGAAAAGAGGUCAGCAGUAUUUUAGCUUGUCAACGCUCUUUACUCGAUCAGUGAAAUUUGAAGAGUUCGAAAAUGCAGUGCACAAAUUGGAUCAAGUUAUUUAUUAUUGUUGCAGUAAUUGCUUACGCUCACGCAGAUGACCUUGACGACGAAUUGAAACAAGACGUUAACAAUGUAGAGUUGAGUAGCAAUGAUGUCGAUUCAGUGUCAGCGAGCGAAAAGCCAAGUGACAUGGAAGUCGAUAAAAAUAUACCGAACGAAAAACCAAAGGAUGGUGACGGUAAAGAAGAAAUACCUUUUCGAGCUGUAAUUAAUGGAUUAUACCGAUGCCCUAUGGGAUAUUACAUGGAUUUUAGUGGACGUUGUCGAUCAGCUAUUUCUAUUUUUGUUUGAAAUGGACAGUAUUUCCAACAUUAUACUAAAUUUACAUAUAAUUUAGUUUAAAGAAUGUUAUACAAUAUAAAAAAUAAAUAAUAAUGAUUACACAAAUUUUAUAGAUCAUGUUUUUAAAAAUCUGUAAAAAGUGAAUAGUUUUAGGCAAAGCUUGUAUUAUUCUCUUGUAAAUGGUGUUAUUGGAUUUAAUUUUUUUUUAUCAUUCAUCAAUAAAAGUGAUAUUUCAAGAA